AUUAAAAAGGGCUUGUUCAUUGAUUCAGAACAUUUUAGAUGAAUAAAAGUCAGACGUCAGAGCUUCAAGGGCAGAGGAAGAAUCUCACAGGAACUCUAAAACGGUAACAUGAGGUGGUGAGAAAUUGGCUGAGUUUUCAUGAGGAAUGAGGCAGGUUUGGGUUAUUUUGUAUAUAAACCAAAGACGCCAACAAGAGCUAAAAUCGAAAGAGAAGAGGAAGUUGUGAAGGACAUUUCUGAUAUAGCAGCGCAACAACACUGGACCGUUUGAGAGAAAUUAAUCUCAGCAAACAUGCAGCCCACUAUGGAGGAGUUCGAUUCAGAGGAUUCUGGUGUUCAAGAUGUGGGACCUCAAAUCAAUGGGCUGUUGGUCCAGAUCCUGGAGACAAUGUCAGUGCCGCUGGUGCGGAUCAGACAGAAGCUUCUGGAAAUGGCUAUUCUGAUCUGUGUGAUUCUGCUGGUGUUCUGGGUGGCUUUAUUCCUCUAUGGCAGUUUCUAUUAUUCCUUUAUACCCACAGCCAAUUUCAUCACACCUGUCUACUUCUUCUACAGCAGGACUGAUUGUCCAUCUCCUCAUCACUCUGUGUGUUCUUUCCCUGUGGCUAAUGUCUCUUUACUGAAAAAUGGAAAACAUCAGGUAAUGACAUACGGUCAGCCUUAUCGGAUCACACUAGAGCUGGAAAUGCCUGAGUCUCCAGCCAAUCGGGAGCUGGGAAUGUUCCUAGUAAAAAUGACUCCCUAUUCUAAAGCUGGUCAGAUUGUUGACAUAUCGGCACGUUCUGCAAUGCUCCAUUAUCGCUCCUCUCUUCUUCAGGCUCUGGGCACAGUGGUCUUCUCCCCCAUGCUGUUAACAGGAGCGUCGGAGCAGAAGCAGUCAGUCAUAGUGGAGCUGUACUCUGAAUUCAAAGAUGAUUCUUACAACCCCACUGUUGGAGCCAUCAUUGAGAUCCAUUCCCAGCAUAUUCAGAUCUACAGAGCUCAUCUCUAUGUCUUCGCUCACUUUACAGGCAUCAGGUACCUGCUGUAUCGCUUCCCCCUGAUAUCAGCGCUGAUCGGGGUGAUGAGUAACUUUACUUUCCUCAGUUUGAUCAUCGUCCUCAGCUUCCUGCAGUUUAAUCUGGGUGGUCGCAGGACUCGUGGAAAGGCUGUUAUGCAACAAGAGGAAAAUAAUGAACCAGAUGACCUGAAUGAUCAGUCUGAACCCCAGGAUGAAGGAAAUGCACCAGAAAAUUUCGAUGCCAUAGGGUGCAAUUCAGUGGAGGUGGAAGAAUCCAUUCCAGAUGUGGGGGUGGAGGAGAGUGAAGAUGACUCCAGAGAACUUGCUGAAGAUGAACCCACCUGUGAGGCUGGGGAUGGAGAAAUGAUUUUGAGGAACAGGAAUUUGUCACAGAGCAUGUUACAGUCAUCUCAAGCGUUAACAGACACCACAGAUAAAACUUACUACCGUGUUGGUGUCUGUUCAAGCUGCUAGAGAGUGAAAGGAGCUGUCAGCUAAAUGAGGGUAAAGGUUAUGAAAAGCAAAGGCCACCCACUGGAUUUCAUAGAUUUGGUAACAAUGUCCUUGUUUUAAAAAUGUGGACUUGAUGCUAGCCCUAAUCACUUGUAUCAUUAUUUAAAAAAAAAAAAUCAAGACAACCACGAAUAUUCAGUAUAGUAACCAUUUAUUGUCUACCAAAUAUCGACAUAACCUGUAUAUCCAAAACUGACCUUUC